AUGCCCAUUACUUCUACAGCAAAAUCAAAUAAGAAAAGAAUAACGCGGAACAAUGCUUUGUUUGAAUACUGGCUCACAAAGGCGAUGAAUGAAGCUUUCACGAAGGAAUUGAAGUCAUAUCAUACGUACAAAAAGGCAGGCUCCAUUUUUGUGCCUGACAUACCGGACGCAGGCUCUCUCCUCUCUAAUAAAGUAUCCGUUAAUGCUCAGAAGCGGUUGUGUGACUUUUUGGACGACAAACUGUCUAGCUAUGCGGAGGAACUUGGAAUGCCACCGGCCGACGCUCUGUGUUAUGGGAACAAGGAAUGUUCAAAAUCACCGUCCAAGGCUGUGAAAGUGACUGUGGCACAGGUCACUAUGUCAGAUCAGCACAUCGUUUCAACAGAUACCUCUCUGAGUACUUCGCAAGUUCGGCAGUUUGAGGAUACUUCAUCUGCGUUAACAACAGCUGAACAACAGCUGCUGGACCUUUUUCGUAGUUCCAACAAUCCGAUGGGAUGUAGUCUACAGGAGCUCGCCUCAUGCCUUCGAAGCCCUGGUCAGAACUGCAACGUGACCCCCAUUGGGACGCUCGUGGACCGCCUACUUUCAGUUGGCUUGAUUUCUCCGGUAAACAGUUGUCCCGGAAGUGCCAACACUGAUGUUGCUGUCUUUGAUGAUGAUGAUGAUGAUCUACCUCAGGCAGUCUCAUCCGCUGCUGUCUUUGAUGAUGAUGAUGAUGAUCUACCUCAGGCAGUAGUGUCUCAUACGCCUUAUCUUCUCACUUCACCAACAGAUACAUUUUACGUAAUCGCACUCCAGCUGUCUUUGACGUCAACACUGAGUGUUCAACCGGUAAAUCUUCUCAGUGCGUCUAGUCUCCACAACGAUCCUCACUUGAACGCAACCCCGACUCCAAACAGUGCUGACUCCGUUUCGACUGAUGAGAAUCUCCCCGCACUAAUUGAUUAUCCACUGAAAUUUCGUUAUGCAAACGAGGCGGGCGAGCCCGUUAACCUUAGACUUUAUGCGCACAGAAAGACCUUUGUUCCCGACGAUGGUGCUGAGGAGAAACUUGUUGGUUAUCGUAUUCUGUGCCCGUAUGAAGAACUGUUGCUGGCCGGCAUCCAUUAUCGCUUGGAUUGGAACGCUCCCAGCUUGGAAGUGACUGAUAAACAAUUGACAUUCGCCUACUUGUUGGAUCCGGAUGCGCCUUGCCAAUCCACUCUAAUAGUUUCCUCUUCUGAAGGAUCUCUUCUCCCUCCGGCGAAUGCUGUGCCGUCAUCCACAGUCACUACGUCAGGAAACGGGAGCUCAUCCACUUUCAGUAAACGAUCAGCUUCUCCGGUCUCAUCUUCCAUACCUGUCAAAGUAGCUCUUAGAAAGUCAGUCUCCGCUACCUGUGCUGCUCUUCCCAGUUCACUGUGCUCAUCCACUUCACAAUCGGCAUUAACAGCAAGUUUGACCGUACGAUCUCAGCCUAACUCUCCCACCAAAACGAAAUCUGCCAUGUUUUCACGUUUCGUACACUCUGAGACAUCAUCUGACGUUGUGGUUCCCGGUGGGUCUUACGAACUUGUCCUGUUAACAGAUGUUCGAGAACAGUUUGGGCUAAAUCGAGUGAAACAACUCCUUCCAGCAGUAAUGCAUUCGUUGGGAGUCGAGUGUGAAUCGCGGGCACUUCCAGUGGGGGACUUUAUAUGGAUCGCCAGAUGGCAUACGGAAUCUGGACGCCUCAUGGAGGCUGUACUUGAUUACGUCAUCGAACGAAAACGAGCCGAUGAUUUGGCCAGCAGUAUGGUUGAUGGGCGGUUCCAAGAACAAAAGUAUCGCAUGAAACGAACGCAACUCGCACACACCAUCUUCUUGAUUGAAGAAUGCUCAUCAAUGCGCAACCAACGUAUUCCUUUUGAGACGCUACUUCAAGCUGUUUCCAACGCUCAAGUAAUCGACGGUUUCCAAAUCAUGACGACUCGAUGCCCUGAAGACACGGUAGACCUUCUGGCCGCGCUAACAAACGUAUUACGGAACAACUGCAUACAUAACCUACAUGUUCGUUCUCCAACCGGGAAUCCGGAUUCAAUGCCACUAAGUCCCAAAUUCAAUUCUGAUUGUCUACGUGCUAUCAGCUGGGUCGCCUUCAUUCAGUUGGCAAACAAAUCACCGCCACCAACCGUUCGCGAUGUGUUUGCCAAACAGCUGCUGCAGAUCCAUGGAUUUUCUGGUCCUAAAAUAUCAGCCAUUUUGGACCGAUAUCCGACGCCUGCAUGCCUCAUGCGGGCGUACGACUCUCAGGCCACCAGAAGUGCGAAGGAAAACCUGCUGACCUCGCUAAAGGUUGGCGAUUCAAACAAGUGCAUCGGUGGUGUGCUCAGUAGACGCGUCUAUUUGGCAUAUAAUACCCAGUAAUUUUGUAGUCAGAAUAUUUUUU